AUGAGUACAAGUUUAAUGUUUAAUGAACCAUUGGUGACAACAGACCAUAAUCAUACUAAACUAUUAAGCAUUCAAUCAGCAUCUUCCAGUGCCGCUUCAAGUGUGGAUGAAUCCAAAAAUAAUAAUAUCAACAGUUCCUUCUCAACGAUCACAGCUAUAAAUGAUGAUAGCAGCUACGUCUAUACAAACCCAGCUCUCUCAAGGUUGGUAACUCCUGAAGAAGAUUUAGGUGCUUACACACCUAGUACUGUUAACGAUGGUGAAGUGUCGCCUGCUUUACAUUUUCAACAAACAUUUCACCAACCUUCUCUAUUUGCAUCUCAAAAAGAAUUUCAACAUGAUCCUGAGGUCACCGAUAUUAUGUUGUAUUUGGAACCCAAACCAGUUUCCUGUCCUUCAUAUCGUGACGUGAAUCCAAACACUUUGGUACGUUUCCCAAUUUAUGAACAUCUAGAACCUUGCCUUCCCAAUCAGUUACCUCCUCCAUAUGAACCAGCUCUUGAUAAAGUCACGGUUGUUUCUUUAAAAGAAGAAUGGAGCUCACCAUAUGAGCGCAAUCCAACUCCUGUUUGGCGUAAUUACAUUUUAGAAUUGAAUUCAACUCAAUUAAAUUUUUAUUAUAUACAUGAAGAGUUAUACUCGGGUAUAAGUGGUUAUUGUAAUGCCGAUGGUGGUGCAGAAGGCAAAGGUGAAAGUAGUGUGACCCCUUGCAGAGACCGUAACGCAGGUUCGAAACCAUGGAAUGUCUUUGGAUUUGGAUCAAGCUCAAAAACAGGUAACUAUACAUAUCAUUUUAACAAACGUGACCAAGAUCAUAUUUGCAAUGAAGUCACUUUGCAUAAACCAAGGUAUUUAAAAUAUGAAUACCUUUAUAAAAGUUAUUCCCUACAGUAUGGGGUUUUAGGAAUACCGACAGAUAUGCCAUUUAUGUUUAGCGGUUUACGUCUAAGAUUAGAAGGUGAGCAAAUACUGAUAAACUUCCCUCAUAUUGAUGAUGUCAUUGAUUGGAUAAUGUAUUUACAAAUUGGUAUCGGUAUUUCACUAGACCUAUACGACAGAGAAAUGCCAGAUUAUAGAGUUGUACCAAGACGUUCAAGAACAGAAAGUGUUUCUUCAACUUCAGCCACUGUUAAUACAGCCAACAGCUCGGCUAAUACGACAGAUACACUAAAUAAUCCUUCCAUAAAUAGUCAUGAUAUUCCAAUUUCGGAUGACUCGUUAAUGAUGUCUAGAAGAUACAGCACGGUGUCAUCACAUUCGGAUAUGUAUUCCUCUUUACCACAAAGAUCACGUGCAAAUACAAUCACAAGUAUAAAUUCAACAAACUCAAGAUCGUAUCUUUCCAAUCAAAUGUAUGACAAUUCCAUUCCAGUUUCGUUUGUCUCCACAGACUCAUCACAACGUAGAAUGUCAAUUGAUCAUCUACAUACCCCCCAACAACAACCCAGUUUAAAGUCAAAGUUGAAAACUCUUUUCAAAACAACAAGUAACUCAUCUUCCGAAGGAACUGUACCAUCUGCCAAACCAAAAUCAUUUAGGAAAAGAGACACCGUUGAGAUAAAUGUUAUCCCAGACACUACCCCUAGUGAUUUAGAAGUGAAUUCUUUCCCACAAACUGCUCGUUUUAGACAGGGGUCAGAUCUUUCUGAUACUGGUGUUCAAAUCCAGAAUAGCCCACAAAGAUCUUUGAUGAAUAAAGUUACAGUAAACUCCCAUACUGAAAUACCAAGAUCACAUUUCGAUGCGCCAUUAUAUGAAAAUUUGGAUCUGUCUUUGGAUACGUAUUCCUUUCCAACAUAUAAUCCACCUGCCCCAAGAAGAAAUUCUGCAACGAACAGUUUACAUGGACCAAGGCAUUCGAUAAUAUCCGUAACAAGCAGCACCGGCUCAGUUCCAAAGGACUGUAUAAGGAAACCAACAUCUACCGAAACUGAAGGUACCCACCAUUUGCAGUAUAUUGCUGAAAACAAUGGUUCAUUUAUAGAUCCUGUUUCUGUUCCGGUAAACAUUUCAUCUACAGGCAUGUCAAGAAAUCUUUCUCUUGAUGACAGGUCGAUGUUAAGUGGUACAGAAUCUCUCAGCAGCGAUGUUGUCAGUGGUUACCGUAAUCGUGCGCUUUCAGUUACAAGUGCGCUUUCAUUUUUGGAUAACGACUCAUGUGAUAAAAAAUGGAACCCUCUAAUACGAGCCAUACCAAGACAUCGUUAUAUCAGAGACACUUUAAGAUGUGUGAAAAGUUUGACAGAUGAUACCAAAUGGGUUGGAAAAGCCAUCUGUAAAGUUACUGAUUUACAAAAAAAUGAAAGAAAUUUCUCACCAAUAUAUUAUGGUGAUGAUGCCAGUGUACAAAAUUUCGAAAAUGCAGAAGAUAAUCAUACAAAUGUAACAAGCUCAGAAAAAAGAAAAAUUAAGAAUCACUAUUUGCAGUCAUUUGUUGUUGGUUAUUCAGAGUUAAAGCCUUAUUUCGGAAAAAAGUCCUACAAAAAAAAGAUAAUUGCAUAA